AUGGGGAAGGCUUACCCAGAGUUAUGCGCGUCAACACACGAAUGGGCAAAGAAAACAAAGGAACAAAUGUUACAUGAUACCUUUUUGGGAGCUAUUGACAACGCAAUGAGUCAAAAGAUAAAGAGCGACAGUAAACAUCGAGAUUUAAAGUUAACACAACUGUCUGAAGAACUAGGAAGAUCGGCUCGAGCUAGCUUGUCUGAAGAUUUGCUCGAGCCAGUUUAUAGAACAGCAUCGCCAAAAGUAAACCUCGAAGUAAACAAUUUCUAAACGACAGGGGAAGCGGACAAAAUAUCGUUCAAAAAGAUAAUCAGGGAAGCGAUAGCAGCCGCCCUAUCCAAAGGAAACGACGGAAGUCGGGAAACGGAUAACGAAACAAAACAGUAAGGUCGGGUUCGUUGGAAAGAGAAAUUUCCCGCCAAAACCUUGGAGUUGAAAAAACGGUAAGAAUCAGGGGUGUUUUCACUGACAGUCGCCUGAACAUUUUCGGAAAGUCUGUUCGUUUAAAGAUAUUUGUCAACGCUGCUGGCAAAAAGGCGAUUAUCAAAACGGGAUUCUGGUCGUGGACUCUUUGGGAAAAUUGGGUUAUCGUUGAACACAAGAGAAAAAUUGGCAACAAUAGAUGGGACCCAGCCCUCAUUACAACUGGAAGUAGUUGCGACAUACGAGUUGCGAAAAAUCGUGAUAUUAAGUCAUUUGAAAAAUUAUUUAUUUGGGGUAAAUUGCAAGAUAAGAAGGCAGAUUUUACUGGAGAUUCGAAUAUCGAAGGUACGGAACGUUUUCAUCAGAGAACAGGGCUUCUUACAGCCCCGAUAAAGAUUUCGGCAGAAAUUAUGAACGAUGAAAAUAAAAUCGCCAUAUGCGAACCUGAAUACUACUGA